ACUUCUCAGAUGACAAUCUCAAAUCGAAAACAGCAACUUAUGUUCUACCCAAAACGAAACGUUCAUGUGGAUUCUGACCCACCCUGAACACUAUUUUUUUUCAACCUUGUGAAUGAUUUAUCAGAGGGGAGUGAUCGGUACAUGCAGAUCCCCAAAACAAUACACAGCACGGUGUAUCUCCACAGAAGUCGGUUUACCUGCGCGCUCUCUCCAUUUGUGACCUAGCUUUGAUUGCAUGCGAUUUUGAUGCCUCUUUUUUCGGGAAACCCAAAUAUUGCGAUUCUAGGACAGGUAUAUUCUGGCAUCUGAAGAAUUUUUCGACUUCGUAAAUUGAAAAGAGUACUUUUUUAGACCAUGCAAAGAUUAGACAUGGACUCGGGUGUUAAGAAAGGAACUAACAAACGGUUAGUGUAUUUUCUGGCGUUUUUAGUGAUUGUUGUUCCGGUUGUAGUGGGCAUUUUAGUGUGGCAAUUAACUGACAAAACAUGUGAAAAUAAAUUACCAAGUGUCAAUGGAGACAGUGAUGCAAAUACAGGCAAUAAGCAGACGACAACUUCAGCUCCGACGCAGACGACAACUCCGGGAUUUUCGGAAACGGAACCUUGGAAAAAUCUACGGCUUCCGCGAUAUGUGAUGCCGAUUCAUUAUAAUAUAACCCUUUUCCCCGAUAUCUACAACGGUAAUGCUUGGUUCUACGGAAACGAGUCGGUGGAAAUCGCCAUUUACAAGGACACAAAGUACAUCUUGAUUCAUCAACAUUUUCUAAAUAUCACAAAAACGUCACUUAGAAGAAAAAAUGACAAUAGCGAUAUUGCAAUUAAAAAACCUUUUUACUACGAGCUUAAUCAGUUCUGGGUGAUUGAAACACAAGACAUGUUAUUGGAUGGAAGUACUGUGAUUUUGGAUUUGACCUUUGAUGGAAGUCUGUCCAGAGCCAUCGUCGGAUUCUAUAAAAGCAAAUAUGUAAAUUCGCUAACAAAUGAAACAAGGUACCUAGCAACAUCCAAAUUUGAGCCGGUCGACGCAAGAAGAGCGUUUCCGUGCUUUGACGAACCCAACAUUAAGGCCAACUUUACAAUUCACUUAGUCCACCAAGAUGGCUACACCGCCCUUUCCAACAUGCCAGAGGAGUCAAUCGACGAUUGGGAGCACAAUAAUACACUGAAAAUCACCAACUUCCAAGAGUCGGUGAAAAUGAGCACCUACUUGGUUUGUUUUAUCGUCUGCGACUUCAAAUACUUGGAAAACACUACUAAGUUCGGUACAAAGGUCCGCACAUUUGCUACUCCCGAUCGGUACAACCAGACCAAAUUCUCCUUGGAAGUGGCCAUUAAAUCGAUGGAACUCUACCAAGAUUUAUUCAAUGUCUCUUACCCUCUUCCUAAACAAGAUAUGAUAGCAAUUCCUGACUUUGUUUCGGGGGCCAUGGAACACUGGGGGCUCAUCACGUACCGAGAGACCAACAUGUUGUACAACGCCCAGCAGGCCUCACCGGCCAACCAGCAGAGGGUUGCUGUGGUAGUGGCCCACGAAAUCUCCCACCAGUGGUUUGGGAACAUUGUUACAAUGGAUUGGUGGGAUGAUCUAUGGCUGAAUGAAGGCUUUGCCAGCUUCAUGGAAUACCUAGGAGCAAAUGUUACAAAGCCGUCGUGGGAGAUGUUGGAGCAGUUUGUUACGGAGGACGUACAGCCAGUAAUGGUGGUGGAUUCCGUCACUUCCUCUCAUCCUAUCGUCGUCAACGUAAACAACCCCAACCAAAUCAACGAAGUGUUCGACAGUAUAUCUUAUAGCAAGGGCUCUGCCAUAAUUGGUAUGUUGGAAGCAGUGAUGGGACAAGACAAAUUUUUUGAAGGAGUUGGGAAUUAUCUCAAAGCCUUUAAGUGGGGAAACGCAAAGACAGAUGACCUGUGGAACGAAUUAAAUAAGGUUAACACAGGGGGGUUUGGAGUCAAGGACAUGAUGGACACGUGGACCCGACAGAUGGGACUCCCCUACAUAAACAUCUCCCUAAGGACCGAUGGCGCAAAAACGGUUGUCACGGCAACGCAGACUCGGUUUCUGGCUAAUAAGGAUACUGUUUUUGACCCUGAAGAGUCGCCUUUUAGAUAUAAAUGGUAUGUGUACUUAGACUAUCUACUCAGUGAUGGACAAACGGGGCGAUCCUGGAUAAACAAAACCCAAAAUGAAGUGGUGUUUGAUGUUUCUUCCACUUUUGAGACAUCGGGAUGGAUAAAAUUCAACCGAUUCCAGAAAGGAUUUUACCGUGUAAAUUACCCCCAGAAUAUUUGGUCCAGGUUUUCAACUGACCUACAAGCAGAUAAUACGAUCCUGAAUACGGUUGAUAAGGCUGGACUUAUAGAUGACUCAUUUAAUUUAGCACGAGCCGGAUAUAUCGAAUAUAGUAUACCUCUAAACCUUAUUAAGUUCUUGGACAAAGAAUUGAACCACCUUCCCUGGGAGAGCGCCUACAAUGGCAUCGGUUAUAUUACAGAUAUGCUCCAAACUGGCGCCUCUUUUUCUCUAUUUAGGAAUUUUAUUCUUGAAAAAGCAAGACCAGUGUUAGCACAGAUUGGAUGGGAGGAUAUGGGCGAUACCGAAAAUCACUUACGAAAACUAAUGCGAGUGAAUCUUAUUUCUCUGGCAUGUGGGAUGGGCGAUCAAGAUUGUUUGAAUAAUGCGACGGACCGGUUCAGAAAAUGGUUGGACAAAGGAGAGAGCGUUACUCCAAACAUUCGGUCGAUAGUCUACAAGUAUGGAAUGAUGAGUGGGGGUACCCCGGAGGACUGGGACAAAAUGUGGAACAAGUACAAAGUAGAGACCGUCCCCCAGGAGCAGAUCAAACUGCUGUACGGGAUGGCCAACACCAGGACAAUGUGGCUUCUAGUUAGGUAUCUUGAAUACGCCAAGCAGGAGGAUAUGGUUCGCUCCCAGGACUUCUUUACCGUGGUCCAGUACAUUUCCCAGAAUUCCGUCGGGAAUAAACUAGCCUGGGACUGGAUCCGUUCAAACUGGGACUAUUUAGUAAACAGAUUUACAACGUAUUCUAGAUCCCUUGGAAGACUUGUACCGAACGUGAUAUCUGAUUUUAAUUCCGAAUUUGAGCUUCAACAGGUUCAGGAUUUUUUCAAUAAAUAUCCUGACGCUGGUGCUGGUGCCCGGGGAAGACAGAACGCCCUGGAAGACAUCAAGGCCAACAUCCAGUGGAAGAAGAACAACGAGAAGAAGAUCACGGAUUGGUUGUGUCAAAACACAGGAGCGACGUGUUAAAACGUUCUAUACCUCUAAAUCCUAAACCUUCAUUCAUCUUCAACACCAAUUUACAGUUAAUUGCAUUUUUCGUUAAUCAGAAGAUUUUUUAUGACGAAAAGCAGUGAUUAAUGGUUGUGUUGUUAAAUUUUUUUUGUAAAUCAAAAAUACCUUUAUAUUAAAGUGUUGUGCGGAUGAUUAUUAAGCAUUUUUUAAGCAAAUCGGUUAAGGUCAAGGAGAGAUGGAUUAUUAUUUUUCCGGUCAUCUCAAAUCACAAAGGAUAUUAAAAUACAUGAACUGUGAAUUAUUUGAUAAAAUCCUUUACAAUAACUGCUUUGUAUUGCCUUUAGUUUAACUUUUUCUCCUUUUUUAUAUCUACAAUAUGUAUAUUUUCAUUGUGUAUAUUAGUUCAUUGUGUCUUGGUGUAUUUCUGAAAAAUUAUUUUGUCACAAUACAUUCAUCACAUGUAGAUGUUAUUUAAAUUUUGUAUACUGAACAAUGUUUACCCUUUUUGUCGGUGUUAAAACAUCGACAUGUAUAGUUUGCUUUACAAAAUUUUGAUUAACGAUUUUAAUAAAUUGAUAUUUGAAAA